AUAUUAUACAAUAAUAAUAUAUCUUUUUCUAUGAAAAAGAUAAGAUUAUUUAGUAAUUUUGUAAAAAUAGUAGAAGUUGGACCUCGAGAUGGAUUACAAAAUGAAAAAAAUAUUGUUCCAACUGAAAUUAAAGUUGAAUUUAUUAAUAAACUAUCAGAAAGUGGAUUAAAGAAUAUAGAAGUUACUAGUUUUGUGUCUCCAAAAUGGAUUCCACAAAUGGCAGAUAAUGCACAAGUAUUCCAAAAAAUUAACAAGAAAAUGGAUAUUUCUUAUCCAGUAUUGAUACCAAAUAUAAAAGGCUUAAAAAAUGCUUUAAAAGUAGGUGUAAAAGAAAUAGCUAUUUUUGGAGCUGCAUCUGAAACUUUUUCAAGGAAGAAUACCAACUGCUCUAUUAAUGAUAAUAUGAAAAAUGCUAAAAUAAUUAUUGAAGAUGCAUUAAAACAUGAUAUUAAAGUCAGAGGUUAUAUAUCAUGUAUUAUUGAUUGUCCUUAUGAAGGCAAAAUUAAACCAAUAAUUGUAGCCAAUUUAACUGCAUUCAUGUUAGAAUGUGGAUGCUGUGAAAUUUCUUUGGGAGAUACUAUUGGAGUAGGAUCACCUAAUAAAAUAAAUUUAUUAUAUGAAUUAAAGCAUAUAUCAAGUGAUAUGAAUAAAUUUGCAAUGCAUUGUCAUGAUACAUAUGGGCAAGCUUUAGUUAAUAUUUAUGCUAGCCUUGAAUGUGGUAUAAGAACUUUUGAUUCAUCUGUUGCUGGUCUAGGAGGUUGUCCAUAUGCAUUUGGAGCUUCUGGUAAUGUUGCUACAGAAGAUUUACUUUAUUUGUUACACGAGGAAGGUUUAGAAACUGGAGUCAAUCUCAAUGAAAUAGCAAAAAUAGGAGAAUUUAUUAGUACUCAGCUUCAAAGAAAAAAUCAAUCUAAAACAGGUAUUGCAAUUCUUGCAAAAAGAUAUUUAAAAAAGGAUUUAUAAUUAUAUUUUUAUAAACAUAUUAAAAAACACAAAUGAUAUAAUAAGAAAAUAUAAAUUUAUGAAACAGCUUAGAUCAUAAUGUAAAGAUUCUAUUUUACUUAUUAAAUUUUAAUUAUUUUUUAAAAAAUGCAUAUACAAUCCAUAAGAAUAUUAUGUUAUAAUUAAACUCAUUAUGAUGUGCUAUUUUUGUAAAUAGUUAUACGUUUUCUACGAUAUUAAGAAUAUACAUAUAAAGCCGACUUUAUUAAAAAAAAUAUAUUAUAAUACAACAUGACAACAGAAUGACAAACAAGAUAUAAUUCGCAUUGUAUGUAGAAUCUGUGUUACGAAAUAUUUGAUAAUUCUUGUAAUAUAGCCUGUGUGUCUAAUGUACUCAAAUCUAUUGAUCCCCGAGUAUCAAUUACAACUCCAGUUACCUAAAAAAUAAUAUAAAUAUUAAAAAAAGAAAU